UGAGAGGAUUUUAUUUUGUUUUUCCUUGCAGUGUGAACAGUGCGCUGGUGUACACUGUCAGGUGUUGCGCUAUUUGAUGUGGAGUUGAAGUGUUUUACACCUUUUCCAGAUUGUUUAAAUAUUACUUUUUUUCUCUCAGCGUGGUUAAAACUACGGCCAAUGACGGACUCGGGCGUCCGGCGCGAGUCACGCGUUCCCCACUAUUCUGUAUAAAUACAGCGGUUACAGUGGAGGUAUGACUUGCCGCACACCGAGCGAUGCAGCUGUAAGCGACUGAAGUUGACCAUCGCAAAAAAAAAAAAUAAUAAUUAGCUGGCAAAUCUUCGCCGCACACGAACCGAUGAAGCACCACACAUCUACCGGCGUGUUGCAAAAGAAAAACACUGAACCGAGUUUUGAUACAAAACACAGUUUACUGUACUAUAAUAUAUUUUAUUGAACCAGAAAAACAUGGUGCAAUUGUCAUGGAAGAAGCGGAUAGACAGGAAAUGACAGACGAGAGAGAGUGGAUAUUUUGCGACUUUGCUGUGACCACAUCCACUGACCACACUAGUGCACCUCAGCAACGGAGACUUGCUUUUGCUUUCACCACAGGUACAAAUGAAAUUAUAGUUAAGUAUUCACAUCGUCAAUAACACAAUAGAUAUACUGUAUGGCUGCCGUUGGGCCGAAAUCUCCUAUGUCCAAAUUUGGUCAAGUUCAUAUUUUUCACAGAUCGAUAGUAAUGUGUCACUUCCCACAUGGCUUUUAAGCAUUCAAAUUUGGCAGGGUUGUUAACAACACUCCUCACUUUGGUGUGUAAAAUUUAGAAGGCGUGCAGUAUUUAGUUUCACUUUACAGGGACUUUAAGUAUAUCAUAAAGGAUUUGAGUAUAUUAUGAGCAUUUUCAAUAGUGUGUGAGUGUUUUAGUAGUUUGAGAGCGAAGCGGUCGCUCGUAAAAGGCACGCUCAGUUCCUGCCAUUAAAAUUGGAUUUUUCCAUAUUUAUCCGAUAUAGUAAAUAUUUGUAUGGAAAUACUUGUGUAGUAGUAUUUCCUAUCCCCCCACCACCACACACACACACACACACACACACACACACAUUUGAAUCCCAAGGGAGGGGUCGCAGCCGCAUCAGGACGCUGUGCAGCAGAUGUGAGCGUCCUCGUCCAGGAAUGGCAUCCGACCCGAACGCCUCCGUCUCCAGCCGAAGCCCCCCGGCCAACCAGUUCGCGCAGCCGGCGUGGCGAGUGGCGCUGUGGGCCCUGGCUUACAGCGCCGUCCUCGGGGUGGCCCUGCUGGGCAACGCGGUGGUCGUGUGGAUCAUCUUGGCGCACAAGCGGAUGAGGAGCGUCACCAACUAUUUCCUGCUCAACUUGGCGUUUUGCGACGCGUCCACGGCCGCCUUCAACACGCUCGUCAACUUCAUCUACGCGGCCCACGGAGAGUGGUACUUCGGGGCGGUCUACUGCAGCUUCCACAACUUGUUCCCGGUCACGGCGGUGUUCGCCAGCAUUUACACCAUGACCGCGAUUGCUAUUGACAGGUACAUGGCCAUCAUCCAUCCUCUAAAGCCUCGUCUGUCGGCCAAAGCCACUCUGGCCGUGAUCGUGACCAUCUGGAGUCUGGCCCUAGUCCUGGCCUUCCCCCUGGGCUACUUCUCCACCGUUCGAGCUCUGCCCCGCAGGACCCUGUGCUACGUAGCCUGGCCCCGCAUGGCAGAGGACCCCUUCAUGUAUCACAUCAUCGUGACGGUCCUGGUCUAUGUGGUGCCUUUAGUGGUGAUGGCCAUCACUUAUUCCAUCGUCGGUGUGACCCUGUGGGGUGGGGAGAUCCCCGGAGACACGUCUGAUAACUAUCAGGGACAGCUGCGGGCCAAAAGGAAGAUCGUUAAGAUGAUGAUGGUUGUGGUGGUGACCUUUGCUCUCUGCUGGCUCCCCUACCAUGUGUACUUCAUGGUGACGGGCCUCAACAAGCAUCUGAGCAAGUGGAAGUCCAUCCAGCAGGUCUACCUGGCGGUGUUGUGGCUAGCAAUGAGCUCCACUAUGUACAACCCCAUCAUCUACUGCUGCCUCAAUAGCAGGUUCCGGGCUGGCUUCAAGCGCGUUUUCCGCUGGUGUCCGUUCGUCCGGGUGUCCAGCUACGACGAGCUGGAGCUUCAGAACAGACGGCGCCGCCCCGGUCGCCAGGGCAGCAUGUGCACGCUCUCGCACGUCGACACCAGCAUCCUCAGCAAGGACAAGAGUGUGCGCUCGCAAGGAAAUCAACGUAGGUCCGAGUGCAAACCCCAGCCUGAUAAUAAAUGUGCUUAGCGUUACUGUACUCGCUCAGUGGUUCUCAAACUUUUCGGGUGCAGGUGAGAAAGGUUACCCAAUACCCACCUCGCGUUUUUAACAACAAUAAAACACAACUACCUUGUUCAUGCCAUAAAACACAACUACCUUGUAAAUGCCAUAGGAAUUAAAAAGUUGCUUAUUUUUGGGAGAAACAGUUACUUUACAGUUAAUAUAUAUAUAUAUAUAUAUAUAUCCUUUUUAAAGGGGCUAAAAAAAUCUAUGUUAUGAGGAUAAAGUGAAAAGUUGUAAUUGUUACAGGAAAACAUUUUAUUUUAUUGGCGGAUUAUCGACUUUUCCAGUAUGAAUGAAACUGUACGUUGUAAAUGAGUUCACUGUGCAGUAUGUGGAGAUGGCGUCUUUAUGACGAUCGGCGUUCCAGUGCCCACUGACAAGUGGUCGCUGCGCAAUGUUUUGUGCGUCCUUUUCGUACGUAUGUCCCGACGAGCUACGCAACCUACUAGUUCCACUCUGUCCGUCGCAAUCAUCUGCAUCUCUCUGUAAUACUGUUUUUUUGUUGUAAAGUCAACUUUAAUUUAACAUUAAUUGUAAUAAAUGUUGUUUUCCUGGU